AUGGGUACUCACAUUCCAAUUAAAGCACCAUAUGUUGAUGAACACAUUUAUGUUAACCGGAAAAGGUUUCUCUCAUUAAAUAUACAGGUAGUUUGCAAUGCAGAUGGACUGAUAAUAAGUUAUAACACAAGAUAUCCUGGCAGUAAUCCUGAUGCAUUUAUUUAUGACAACUGUGCCCUACGUACUCGAUUUGAGGCAGGGGAAUUCGGAGAAAAUUAUCUACUAGCAGGUGAUAGUAGGUAUACCCUUGAUAUAUACCUUUUGCUACCUUUGUUGAACACCAAGAUAAACCCGUUACAACAGAAGUCACACCCGAACACGCGUAAUCAUAGAGCAGACAUUUGGCAUACUAAAGUCAAGAUUCAGGCGUCUGCAUCAUUCUGGAGGAACUCUUUAGAGCUUGUGGAAAAUGAUGGCGAGAAGAAUAUUGCAGAAGAAGCUGCUGAAUGUGGCACAGGUCAUGCAGUCAGAGGUUGUUCUAUUGCAAAUUGGUUUAGCUGA